UAAAAAUGGCAAUAAGGUUCAUCUUUGCGAUCCUAGCACUUCUGAUAGUGUCAGUCUGAGCUGAAGAGGCAGACCCGACCACAGAGCAAACGGGGAAUACUACUGAAUCUAAUGAAGACCUUGAAAAAGAGACAGAAGAGAUAGUCAGAGGGAUCAUGGAUGCAUUUCAAGGUAGUAUAAUGGGUUCAUUGGCUGAUGAGAUCGAUGAAGACGGGGAAAAAGUUAUAGUACAGCAAGAAGAAAAAAUUGUAGACGCGAAUGGAAAUGUUAAAAUUAAGCAAAGAACUCUUCAAAAUCCUUCAAAAGAAGAACUUGAAACAAAGACUUUAGAAGAGUUGGAAGACGACGAAGAUGAUCCUACUAUAACUACAAUACAAACAAUAAGGCUUAACCUUAACGACAACGACUUGUCUCAUCAUACUUUCUCCACUUUCGGAUUAACCGAUCCUAAAGAUGUGAGCAAUACUUGGCUUGGCCAAGACCAAACAGUCACGGGAUAUGUUAAAUCUUUCUUCUGGUUCUUAAUAAAAGUACUAACAAUACUAGCAAUUGGGCUGGCAAUUUUUAAACUCUUCAGACUAGAAAACAAACUGAAAAACUUUGGCUUCAGAAAGUCAAAGAGAUACGAUCAAGAAGACGGCUUGCACUAUUCAGAUGAAGACGAGCAUGAUGAAGAGGAGUUAUCCAAUAUUAGAAAUGCAGUUAAAAGAGGUGAGAAAGCUAAGAAUAAGUAAGAGCAGUUGGACAAAUCUGCCAUUUUGCAGAAUCAUAAUUGAAAUAACCUGAAUUAG